UUGUAAGACUUCCCACUCCUACGACCGACACUUUGCGGAGCUCAACUAUUUCGAAACAGGGGAAUCCGACCAUCCAGCACAGUCGGCAAUUCGAAGGGCGGACAGGUGCUGACAAAGAAGAGCACUUUCGGGUGACGGAAACGGAGGCGAUUUGACGAUUUGUGCGGUUUCUCCGGGAGGAGGAGGAGGAGGAGGUUAAGGUGCGGCGCGCGCGCCUCCCGACAAAAGGCGCUCAGCACGUGCGGGGCGGAAUUCGCGCCGCUCUUAUUCACACACAUGCGGCUGUUCUCGCACUUAAGUUCAGCUCGGUAGAGGUUUCACUUUAAAAAAAAAAAAAAAAAAAAUGGUGGACAAGGGCCCGUUACUGACCUCCGCAAUCAUUUUUUACCUGUCCAUCGGGGCGGCAAUAUUUCAAAUUCUCGAAGAGCCGAACUGGAAGCUCGCAGUUUCAAAAUACGCGGAGCAGAAGAAGCAGAUCCUGACAGCGCACCCGUGUCUCACCGAAGAGGAUUUGAACCACAUCUUAGAGGUGAUCUCCAGUGCUGCAGGUCAAGGUGUCACCAUCACAGGUAAAGAGACGUUCAACAACUGGAACUGGCCCAACGCUGUCAUUUUCUCAGCUACAAUAAUCACCACUAUCGGUUAUGGCAACGUCGCACCAAAGACGUCUCCUGGACGGGUCUUCUGUGUCUUCUAUGGGCUCUUUGGAAUUCCUCUGUGUCUCACCUGGAUCAGUGAGCUGGGCAAGUUUUUUGGUAGUCGAGCCAAGCGUUUUGGCCAGUUCCUCUUAAAGAAGGGCCUUUCUCUGCGAAAAGCCCAGUUUGCCUGCACUGCCAUCUUUCUCCUUUGGGGGCUGGUAGUGCACCUGGUGAUCCCUCCCUUCAUCUUCAUGUACCAGGAGGGGUGGUCUUACAUUGAGGGUUUAUACUUCUCCUUCGUCACCUUAACCACCAUUGGCUUUGGUGAUCUGGUCACAGGAGUGGAUCCAAAUGCUGACUACCCAGUGCUAUAUCGCUACUUUGUGGAAAUGUGGAUCUUCCUGGGCUUGGCCUGGCUGUCGCUGUUCUUCAACUGGAAUGUACACAUGGUGGUGGAGGCCCACAAAGCCUUCAAGAAAAGGAGAAGGCGUCACCACGCCGGGCCACAGCAGUACUUCAGGGAGAAGGAGACCUGUCCUCCCUGCAACGCCAACAAUGUCGACAUCUUCAGCUUCCUGUCAGAGAAGCAGGAGGGCUACAAUGAUCUCAUCAAGCAGAUUGGCACGGACAGAGGAAAGGAGAAGGACAUAGUGGUGAAGGGAUUGAGUCGCUCCAAGAGCUGCAGUGACACCACUGGCGGUAAUAUCAUCCUCACCUAUGACCACUCACUGAGGCGGAAGCGGCACUAUAGUUUCAGCGACCACCUGUCUGUAACCUUCUCCAGGAGGAAGAGCUCUGUACACUCUGACUUGGUUGCUAUCCUGAACCCACCGGAAAACAAGCUGGAUAAGGAGACGGCAGAUAUGGAGAAUGUGUGGGGUGUCAAGGAAAACCAGCCACUUUUCUACCAAGAGGCAAACAUCACCUUCACUGAGAAAGAGAGCCAAGAGAGAGGGGAAGAGACCAAGGCCCAGUUCUCGAUAUCAAGUGAAAAUAUGCAAUGGGUGAACUGUGAAGAGGACCAGUGUAGUUCAGCAUCAGAGGGGUCAGCAUUCACUUCAGAUAGCUCAGGCCGCUGUCGCUCCUAUGAACAAUUGGUGGAGAAGCCUAGCAAGGAGAAAAACAGCUAACGGUGACCUUAUGCUGUAUCCAGUUCAGCAUAUUUUCAAACCGAUGAAAAUUCCAGGUGUGGUCCACUGAAUUUCAAUUCUAAUCAUCUCCUGUGGGUUGAAACUCCUCAGAUAUUCAGCACACUUUGUGUAGAAUUUCAGAACCAAGAUGGAGAUUUGAGGUGAAGACUUUCAGAGUAUAUUCCUCAGACUGCCACUGAGAGAAUAACUUUGGUUUCAGUUGUACUAUUAAUACAUGAAACAUUUCAUACAUUUUGGUAAAUGAAAAUGAGUGUCACAAAUGCAAGAACUGAUCACUGUCACUCAGGUCAGAGUGAUUGUCAUAGGAUGCACUUUGUGGAUACUCAACUCUGCCUGUAUCUGCAAGAUAAUAGGGUCAAUAGAUGUGGAUAUUUUGGAAGUUGUAUAGCAAGUACAGUUAUACUGUAUAUUCUCUCACUGACUGCCUUUUAUUAGAGUAUCUCAAUAGAGCCUUGAAAACUCAGACCAACUGUCCUUUUUACCUCUAUUACAGAAUUCAGUCAUGUCUCAUAGAUAACAAGGGGACCAAAAAACCCAGGUGCUUGCUUGCUUGCUUGUUGGUUGGUUUUUUUUUUUUUUUUUUUUUUUCUUUUGAUGGCUGGUUCUGUGUCUUUUAUUCACCAUACUGGUGCUUUGAAUGGUUUUAAUAAAAUGGAAUAACUAUUCUUCCUAUGGAGGGCA